ACUCUGGGGCUCCUAGUCAGUGAUAUACUUUGCCUACGGUUACAUGUGAGGAGGAAGAUGUUCUUUCUUUCCAGAAUGGUUUGAAAAUAUUUUUUUUACAAUAAUUCACAAUAGGUAUUAAAAAUAUAAGAAAAAAAUUCUCUGCUUAGUCAAAACUCGCCGUUCUCGAAUUUUAAUUAUAUAACACAUUUUACUUUAACUGAGAAUGUUAUUUUUAUUAAUCAAAUUUGUAUCUUAUGUUGCACAACAAUGCAAGUCUCGAAAUUGAUUUUUAUUUAUGCUUCAUCAGACCUACUAUCAAUAUUACAUUUAUUCUUGCGUUAUGGACAAAUCCAGUAAAAAAGUUAAAGAGAGAUAAAUGUGUUGUUUUACAAUAUAAUUAGAAAAACAGAAAGCGUUCUCAGUAUUGCAGCCACCAAAGUACAGAAAGAGUUGCUUUGGAGUCGCCAACAACAUCAAGAAGAAGCAAGACAGAUUGUCUUUCCAUGUGUUACCCUGCAUAUCAAUUUUGUAUACCAAGUAUGGAAAGCUAUAAGGGAGUACUGCAAAAGGGCAGUAUUUGUUAACAAUGUUAAGACCACUGAUCGGUAUUUUUGCAACAUCAACAGGGUAUAAUUUUGCACCUUCCGUAUCCCGUGUACUGGCUGACUUACAUAUCACUCUACAUUCUAGAUGAUCUGAUAUGAUCAAAUGAUUUAUAGUGCACGUUAUGUCUUGUUCAUUCGUUGGCUGGACACCCUGUUACAGGUUAAUCGCCAAUAGCGAUACGAUUACUGCCUGUGGAAGUUCCUUUCAAAAGAAACGUGUUUUCUAAGUUAAGCAAUUCAUGCAUGAAUCUUUUGUCUAGCAUGAAUCAGUCUGGUGUUCCGGCUAGAUAAAUCUCUCGAGUUUGGAAAAUAAACUGUUUUCUGUGCCUUUUAUAGUUGCAAAUCCUCUCCUUGUUUCUGGAUGAUCAAAAGGACAGAGGAGAUAAUUUGCGGUUUCUUCGUAUUUGCUGCCGUUUUCAUUGCAAAACUUACAUUCAGAAUAGUUUAAAUACGACUUGUGGCGGAACACAGCUCCCUACCUCAUGUUGGUAGAAUGUUUGCUUCAUAUCUUUGUGAAGGAUAACCUCACGCGGAAUCGAAUGAAUUCGGUUGAAAUGAUGAAUAAAGAUGAAGAAAAAUUUGCCGCAGAUGCAUUUGUAAGAAGUAAACUGAUCAAUAUUUUAUUACACGACUGCAGACAUACCUGCCGAUGGUCUCUUUGAAUCAAGACAGGUUGAAGACAUAAAAGAAUGACAAUGAUUUACAGUGCAUUUGCAGCCCCAGAAGCUAAAUUAUUUUUGUUUUGAUCGUUACCAGUAGAAAGCAAGAAUGCCGUCUGCAAAGAAUUCCAAAAGCUCAAAUGUGCACCAUCCGCCGACCAAUCGAGCAUUUGCAUUGAGAAUGAUGAACUCAAGCCAAAACACGGAGGGCAGAGUAAGCCCAUUUGACAAAGCAUUGAAACCGUUUAGAGACAGUUUCAAGAAAAGCAGCAAGAGCAAAAAGGCAAAAGAAAAGUCAAGUCCUGCCACUACUGACUCUCAUUCUGAUUUAGAGAGUAGAGACGAAGAAUCAUUUGACUCGACAUAUGAAGUGUCUAGUCCAACGUAUGAUAAUCAUCAAAGAGAACAUGACACAUUGCCCUGGACAAGUCAAGCAAGGAAGGGUCACAGUGACGACCGACAAAAUUACAAAAGUGUUGAUUCAGUUACAGCGUCACAUGGGUACAGAUCUCAAAAUAACCCCCAUGCCGAUUCCGAUCAUGCCAAUUAUCAUCAAAGGCAUUUAGAGCAUCGAGGAAUGGCUGAUAUUCUCGAGGAGGAUGAGUUUUACAGUGAAAACGAGAAAUCCCGUGGGGAACGCCUAGGCCAUUACCGCUACGAAAAUGGACAACAUCAGCAAAGAAGCAGGCAGAUGAACGGUCAGGGAUUUUACCAUAGGGACACGCAAAUGGGGGCGUUUCACAGUCCCAAUGAAUACCAGGGAAUGGAUAACAACUUUAAUGAGGCUGGGAAUGACAGUUCUUUUUUUGUUGCCCCUAAUGGCGAAAUGGUAAAGCUCCGAGAGAAGAAGAACAAAAAUACUGAGCAGAGGAGUGGAAGAGAGCAAAAUUCACAGAUCGAAGCCUUGCUACCAGAAAGGUUCGGCAAGCGUCUUUCAAUGCUAUGUCACAUGCUGGCAGAGAAAUAUCCAGAAGAUUUUCACAUUUUAGAACUUUUGGUUGAAUUGCAAGUGUCGAAUGAAAAAAGAGAAGAGGAAAUGAAUAAAUCGGUAAAUGUAUUGAAGACAAAGGUUGAGCUUAUGGAAGAUAGGCUUCUGAACCUUGAGAGACAAUCUACGCCCGGAUUUAGGGAAAUGUUACUGCCCCUUGCUACUGCCGCUGAAGCAUUUAGCAACGGUGUACAGAAAAGCCUUUCGGGCUACUUAAAAAGCUGUGAAAAUCGAAUUGACAAAAAUACCUCAUAUCCUUCCAGAGAAGAAAAAGCUAACGACCCGGUCUCGGAUGUCAGGGUCUCAGAAUCGUCAACAGUAAAUUGCAGUGAUGCCAGUGUUCCUGAGACUGAACGAGAGGGCCUAGUUAACCUAAAAGGAGAGGAGGAAACUUCAGUCACGAUUUACAGCACGAAAAUUCCCGAGCCCGAUAUUGCUGAUGUAACAGAAAGUGAGAGUAUAAUAGCUACAGAAGAUCACGAAGAACAGAGCAAAGACAGAAGUAAAGGAAUGGACGAGGAAACAGAAAAUCAAGAGAAUCAAUCAGUGACUGAUAAAAAGAUUGAAGCAAGUUCGCAAGAAAAUACGAAUGACAAAACUGAAGAAGGAAUAAUUGUUUCAGCUGAAGAAAUAAAAAUACAGGAAAAAGAAACUGAAGACAAAGUCGCAAUCCGCAAAAAUGGGCAAGACGAAGCAGUACAUGGACAUGUUGUCGAGGACCUUGGUAAAGCUGAAUAUGAAGCAACAGACGAGCAAAAAUUGCCUAAUUUCGGUAAGAAACCAGGCGGCAGACCUUUAUCUGGCAGCGAAACUUCAGUUUGAAUUCUAAGAAAAAUUUUAUGGGGAACACAUGCAUCAAGACAAUGAUUUGAUGCACAGCGACAAUUUCUGAUUGCACUUUACUACAUUUGUUAGAAAAAAAUUUUUUACUAAUUUCUCCUUUACCUCGAAACAUGUUGUACUUUGAACUUCGAGCAAUUUAUUUUACAGGUAUUAUUUAUAAGAAAGAAUAAACAGUCAAACCCCGUCAUCAUGGAGGUUGCAACCAAGGGCAAAAAGACAUACACCCCCUAAGUUGAAGCCCUGCCUGCUGUUAGCCCUAUUAAAAGUUCCUGCGAGACAUUUGCGACAACAUUCUCUCUUCUCGCUUCUCUCUUCUCGCUUCUCUCUUUUCCCUUCUCUCUUCUCUCUUCUCUCUUCUCUCUUCUCUCUUCUCUCUUCUCUCUUCUCUCUUCUCUCUUCUCUCUUCUCUCUUUUCCCUUCUCUCUUCUCUCUUUUCCCUUCUCUCUUCUCUCUUCUCUCUUCUCUCUACCGCCGCACUCUUCCAAAACGCCCUUAUUUCCAGGGCCUCCGAUGAAGGAGGAGCGGAGGGGCGGGUGGGGGGCUAUGGCCACCCUAACAGUUUUGGAAAACAAUGGAGCUUUUUUUAAAAACCCUUUGUUAUGUCUGUCAAAUCUUCCCUUAGCCCUCCCACUUUCCAACAUGCGUCGGAGCCCAUGAUUUCUCUAUACCCCAUUUGACGCUUUGGAACCCAGGGUACUGGGCUGUAUGAUUUCAGUCAAAUUCAUCAUUCUGAGACCUGACUUAGCAUGAAUGGAGAAAUUCCUCCAGCUAGAGCUAUACCUAGAGUAUGCUCACUCACCAGCGUCAAUCUGUAAGAAAUUCGAGAAAUAUUGCGCGGUAAAAUAAGCCUUUCCUGUUAAACAAACAACAGUAUGUUGUAUUUGUCCGAACACCUUUGCCUGCGUCAAAAGUUUAAGGCCCAAAUGUUGUUGGUUGAAAAUAAUCACACAAGAAUAUUCUACAAAAACCUUUCUGAUUAUAGUCAGUGGUGUAGCAUUUUACCAUGCAAAUUUUGAGAAAUAUAAACAUUUUUAUGCAUUUGAUCACUCUCAAUCAUCAACGAAAAGACGUCCAGAAUACACAGGCACCGCGCAGCCAUUGGGCCAGCAGGGGCUUUAUCCACCCCCCCCCACUUUUUGCAAUAAUAGGUUAGAAAUUCUUUAGAAAGUUUACUCUAGAAAUUUACUUUUAAAAGUUGCCCUAACGGAUCCUAAGUGGUAGCAUUUCUUGACCGGGAACCAUUUUUUGUUCAUUUUCUUGGCGUCUGAUCAUGUUAAACUAUUCUAAUUGUAAUCGUUAUCUUCUUUGAAUCAGACCGUUUAAAAAUAAUAAGUGGAAAAAGCAAGUAUUUCCUAAAAGGUGCAUUAUCCAGCGUUCUAAAGGGUGUGGCCUUUAAAAUUUGUUGGUCACACACUUCUCAGCUCAUCCACUUUUGCAUGUCCAGAAUAACAUAAACAUGUCCAGAAUUUAAUCAGUAGCGUAGCCCGGAUGGUAAGAUUGGAAAGGGGAGGGCAAAGGAAAACCAGAAAACACCCUUUGCCUUUGGGGGCGUAUACCCCUUCUUGCCUCCCUCUCACUACGCUAUUAGUUGAAAUUGGGAUAUCCUCAAAUGACUCUCACCACAUACAUACCCAGUCAAACUCUGAAUGAGACAGGUUUAUGUAGUCCAAUGAAUUCAUUUCUAGUUGCACAAAUGUUCAAAUCUAGAAUUGUGGUAAUAAUUUUUGUUUGAAUAGGCGUAGCUGCCAAUUUGUCUCUCCCUCAACGUUUUAUCACACGUAGAAUGUCAUCAUAGCAAUAAAAUCACGACUGGCUGAACGAUCUCACCAUUUCUAUUUUCUCCCAAGGUAUUGGCCAAUCAACACACAAGAUUCUAAAAUAAAAUUCGCGUCGCAGCUGAAAUCAGGCUAAUUACAAAAGUUUUAGCAUCUUGUUUCCACAGUAUCUAAGAAAAACAUUUCACGCCUCUAUGAACUUGAUUUUUUACCAAAUAUGUUUCCAUGUUUGUUCAGUAUCAUGCUUUAAAGCCGCCAAUAUCUUAUCUCCUUUAGAAAGAGCGACAUUGGCUAGCUAGCUAUAAGAAAGUUUAUUUUGUGAGAGUCAACUAUUUGAUUUCUCUACUCUAAGGGACUCUACAUAACCAAUUUUUUUUCAAAGAUUUGAUACUUUAAUUUUAAUUGCAGCAAAGAUCACAACCUAACAUUUGGAGAACUAAGAUGUAGUAAUGAUGAUUUGUUAAUUAUCAAAUUCAUUGUCCAA